AUGGAAAAUGGAAAAGCAAUGGAAACAUUGAAUCUGACGAGAUACAAAGUAGAGGCACCUAAAGAUACAGCAAAGCAUGAUGAGAGUGCGUGGAAGUCAGCGGUUGAUAAUGCCAAAGCACAAUCAGAGCAUCAAGAAACUCGUGUGAUGAACUUGCAACUGCUGCAGCGUUUCGGUUUGCAGUCAUGGCAGAAAUACAUCGAGAGUAAGGAGCAAUUACUGAAGGAACUCGAUGCAAAACAACGUGACAAUCUUCAUCAGAUCGAACAGAUCAACAUCAAUCGUAAACUUGAUCAAGAACAAAUCCUUCAGACACUACAGUCUAACCAGAACAAAUGGUUUGAACUCGUACACAAGAAUCAUGCCAUCGAAACAGAAUGGUUAUUAAUGUUUAUUACUCCUGAAACAAUUAUGGUGAUAGUAGAUAAUAAUUUAAAUGAAAAUGAAAUUGAGGAUGUAAAAAAAGAAAUUAAAUUUACACCAAUCCAAGCUUUUGGAAACACGGUAAAAGCAUUUGCAGGUGCAGGUUCCUUUGCAUUACCAUGGGCAAUGGAACAAGCAGGAAUUUUUAUUGGAUCAAUAGGUUUGGUUUUAAUUGCUUUGUUAUCCAACUAUACUAUGAUAUUACUUUUAAAAUGUAAUAUUAAAUUAACAGAAAAGAGAGGACCAGAUGUUCCACCACCAUCCUACGCAGAUAUCGCUGCAUUUGCAUAUGGCCGUGUCGGAGAAUUAGCUCUUUGUUUUAUGAACUUCUCUGUUACUAUGGCAAUUUGUAUUGCAUAUCUCAUUUUGAUUGGCCAAAACUUUGGUGAACUGUGCCACUAUAAUCAACAAAUAAUCAUCUGGUUUACGAUGCCUGUCAUGGUAUUCUUGUGUUUCCUAUCUGAUAUGAAAUAUUUAUCAUACACCAGUAUUUUUGGCGCACUUUCAUUAUUGUUUGCGAUGGGAACGAUUAUGGUUUAUGGUGGCAUUGAUUACAGUAUUAAACCAUACCAAGAAUACAAUGUAGAUUAUUCAAAAGUCCCAUUGUGGUUUGGUGUGGCUGCUUUCUUUUUUGGUAGUCAUAUUGUUGUUGUACCGAUCUCACAUGCUAGUGGUGAUGCUCGACGUUAUCCAAAGGUUCUUAAUUAUGGAAUGCUUUUCAUUACCAUUGUAAACUUGGUAUUCGCUAUCCUUGGAUACCUUUAUUUUUACUUCUAUGUAGAUCCGGUAACUGGUGUAGUAGGAGUGCCAUCCGCCAUUACCCAAGUAUUACCAAAAGGUGCUUUUGCUAAUGUUGUACGUGUCUGUAUCGUUCUUGAGUUGAUUUGCUCGUAUCCACUUAUCUUUGGUGCUGGAAUGAACGUAGUAGAAUCUUCUGUUAGUGUAUUCUUCAAACAUUUCUCACCAUUCCCAGUCUCUGAUCGAGACAAAGAUGGAAAGAAGUUAUUUAUUUCAAGAAAUUGGAAAUUCUAUAUACUUCGUUUACUAAUAAAUGUUGCAUUGGCAGCAGUAGCAACAACCAUAAAAAAGUUUGGAUCGUACACAUCAUUGAUUGGAUCUUUGAUGCUUGCACUCACUGGAUUCGUUGUACCACCAUUGCUAUACAUUAGAUAUUUUCCAGAGCAAUCAAGACUGUUAUUUGUUUCACAUAUUGCUAUAGCCAUAUUUGGUUUAGGUGCAACUGUUUAUGGUACUUACCAAUCCAUUGUUGAUCUUAUUAAUCAAUAG